GAAAAGUUACCAAGUUACGGAGUAGAAAACAGAGGCAACAAAAUGAUUCAAAUUAUGAACUGGUUUUCAAUGGUUAUAGGCCUUAUACCAUUGAAUCGCCAGCAGUCGGAAACCAAUUUCAUUGUCGACUACGCCAUGAUGUUUAUUAUGCCUGUCUUUUAUGUGAUUUGCUACCUUUUGAUUAACUUGAGUCAUGUUUUCGGGCUCUGCUUUCUGGACGCGUGCAACAGUGUUUGCAAAUUGAGCAACCACCUCUUUAUGCAUUUAGGAGCCUUCUUAUACCUAACAAUCACCCUGAUGAGUCUCUAUCGUCGCAAAGAGUUCUUUCUGCAGUUCGACGAGCGAUUAAAUGCCAUCGAUGCGGUCAUACAGAAGUGUCAGCGAGUGGCGGAAAUGGAUAAGGUGAAGGUCACCGCGGUGAAACACAGUGUGGCCUACCACUUUACCUGGCUUUUUUUGUUCUGCGUUUUCACUUUUGCCUUGUACUAUGACGUCAGAGGGCUUUAUCUGACCUUUGGCAACUUCGCCUUCAUACCGUUCAUGGUGUCCAGUUUCCCGUACUUGGCCGGCAGCAUCAUCCAGGGCGAGUUCAUCUAUCAUGUGUCGGUCAUUUCGCAGCGCUUCGAGCAGAUUAACACGCUGUUCGAGAAGAUUAACCAGGAGGCGCGCCACCGCCACGCCCCCGUCACCGUGUUCGAUAUCGAGAGCGAGGGCAAAAAGGAGCGGAAGACCGUAACGCCGAUUACGGCCAUGGACGGCAGGACGACAUUUGGCAAUGAGCACAAGUUGGCUGGCGAAAUGAAACGUCAAGUGGGCCAACAAAAGAACGAUGAGGACGAAAUGGACACCAGCAAUGAUGAGGAUGAGGACGAUUUUGAUUAUGACAAUGCCACCAUUGCCGAAAAUACAGGAACCACUUCAGAGGCCAAUCUACCAGAUCUCUUUAAGCUACACGACAAAAUCCUGUCGCUCAGUGUGAUUACAAAUGGCGAGUUUGGACCACAGUGCGUACCCUAUAUGGCGGCCUGUUUUGUGGUGAGCAUUUUCGGGAUUUUCCUGGAGACCAAGGUCAACUUUAUUGUUAGCGGAAAGAGCCGCUUGCUGGAUUAUAUGACCUAUUUGUAUGUGAUUUGGAGCUUCACCACCAUGGUAGUUGCAUACAUCGUACUUCGACUCUGUUGCAAUGCCAAUAAUCACUCCAAACAGUCGGCGAUGAUAGUCCAUGAGAUCAUGCAGAAGAAACCGGCCUUUAUGCUGAGCAACGAUCUCUUCUACAACAAAAUGAAAUCGUUUACACUGCAAUUUCUUCACUGGGAGGGCUUCUUCCAGUUUAAUGGCAUCGGACUGUUUGCCCUGGACUACACAUUUAUUUUCUCGACUGUGAGUGCAGCCACAUCCUAUUUGAUUGUCUUGCUGCAAUUUGACAUGACUGCUAUUUUGCGCAACGAGGGGCUGAUGUCAUAA